AUGGAAGAAGGUUUUGAGUUCAGUCGUAAGGGUAAGUUAAGCCCUAGGUUUACUAAGCCGUACUGUAUUUUAAAGCGAGUGGGGCCAGUCACAUAUCAGUUGGAACUACCUCCGGUGUUAGACCACAUCCAUGAUGUGUUUCACGUUUCGAUGUUGAGAUGCUACUACUCUAAUCCCACACAUAUUGUCCCUGUUGAGGAGAUUGAGGUUCGGCCAGAGCUGACCUUCGAGGAGGAGCUAGUUCAGAUUCUGGAUCACGAUGUUAAAGUUCUAAGGAGGAAAUUUAUUCCUUUAGUGAAGGUGUUAUGGCGGAAUCAUAGCACUAAGGAGGCUACAUAG